UUGGGCUGGUCGGAACGCCGCUCGACGCGUGCUGCUCAGAAGCUACCAGAUAAUUGGGAAGACAUCUGUGAGCGUGCGUUUCUACGGAUGGCAUGGACCAUCAAGGAGGAAGACAUACCUUCGGAGCUGACCGUCAACAGCGACCAGACCCAGCUUGUCUACGCUCAGGGGUCAAAUCUGACUUGGGCGAAGACGGGCUCUACGCAGGUUACGACGGUCGGGUUGGACGAGAAGCGGGCCUUUACGAUCGUGGUCUCGCUCUCGAACAACGGCGAAAUGCUCCCACUCCAAUCCGUCUACUUUGGACAAACACAGGGAAGCUGUCCUACAAAGAAAGCCCCGCAUUACGACGACGCUGUCAAAUCUGGAUUUCUAUUCGAGCCCUCAAAGACAGAGACGUACUGGUCGAAUCAAGAAACAAUGCGCUCUCUUGUCAACAACAUCAUUUCCCCAUACUUCGCACGCAAAAAGCGUGAGCUCGGCCUACCGGACACGCAGAAGGUGCUGUGGCAAAUAGAUGUAUGGUCAGUUCAUCGGUCUGAACAAUUCAGGACCUGGAUGAAGAAAACACACCCGACUAUUAUUGUCCACUACAUUCCGGGAGGGUGUACA